UUUCAUCAUGCAGUGAGGUGUGUGAUGCUCGUGCUGAGGUCCCUCCCCGCCCUGCUGCUGCGACAUCUGCCCGGCUCCCUGUGUCAGCACACCCGGCACGCCCGAGCUUCAGCCCGGACAACCAAAGUCUUCAAACACCCGGCGCCCCCCAGAGCCCCCCCAGUCAUGGAGGUGAAUGUGGAGGAGCAGCUGGCGCCCCUCAGGCUGGCGGUCAAGGAACAGGGUGACCUCGUGCGGAAGCUGAAGGAGGAGAAGGUUCCUCAGGUGGAUGUGGACCGGGCAGUAGCGGAACUAAAAGCCAGAAAAAGAACCUUGGAAGCCAAGGAAUUGUCUCUGCAACCCAAGGAUGACAUCGUGGACCGAACCAAGAUGGAGGACACUCUGAAGAGACGCUUCUUCUACGACCAGGCCUUUGCUAUAUAUGGAGGGGUGAGCGGCCUCUACGACUUUGGACCCGUCGGGUGCGCUCUAAAGAACAACAUCAUCCAGGCGUGGAGGCAGCACUUUAUACAAGAGGAGCAGAUCCUGGAGAUCGACUGCACCAUGCUCACCCCCGAGUCCGUCCUCCGGACGUCCGGACACGUAGACAAGUUUGCAGAUUUCAUGGUUAAAGACGUCAAGAAUGGAGAGUGCUUCCGAGCCGACCAUCUUCUAAAAGCUCACCUUCAGAAGCUGAUGUCUGACAAGAAGUGUCCGGCGGAAAAGAAGGCAGAGAUGGAGAACGUCCUGACGCAGAUGGACAACUACGGUCAGCAGGACCUGGCGGAUCUAUUCGUCAAAUACAAUGUGAAAUCUCCCAUCACUCAGAAUGACCUCUCUCCUCCGGUGUCCUUCAAUCUGAUGUUCAAAACGUCCAUCGGUCCUGGGGGUAACAUGACAGGGUAUCUGAGGCCAGAAACGGCGCAGGGAAUCUUCCUCAACUUCAAGCGUCUCUUAGAAUUUAAUCAGGGAAAACUGCCAUUUGCUGCUGCUCAGAUAGGGAACUCCUUCAGAAACGAGAUCUCCCCCCGAUCUGGACUCAUCAGAGUAAGGGAAUUCACCAUGGCAGAAAUAGAGCACUUUGUGGACCCCAACGAGAAGGAUCACCCCAAAUUUGAGAAUGUGGCCGACUUGAGCAUCCUCUUGUACUCCUCCAAAGCUCAGCUCAGUGGGGAGUCUGCCAAAAAAAUGAGGCUCGGCGAUGCUGUGGAACUGGGCAUCAUCAAUAACUCUGUCCUGGGAUACUUCAUCGGAAGGAUCUACCUAUACCUCACUAAAGUCGGGAUCUCUCCAGACAAGCUGAGAUUCCGGCAGCACAUGGAGAACGAGAUGGCGCACUAUGCCUGCGACUGCUGGGACGCCGAGUCUAAAACCUCCUAUGGAUGGAUAGAAAUCGUUGGCUGUGCCGACCGUUCCUGUUAUGAUCUUUCUUGCCACGCCAGAGCUACAAAAGUGCCACUCGUGGCCGAGAAACCUCUUAAAGAACCCAAAACCAUAAAUGUCGUCCAGUUUGAGGCUAAUAAGGGAGCGAUCGGCAAGGCGUACAAAAAAGACGCCAAGCUGGUGAUGGAAUAUCUCGCCAUUUGUGACGCCCGUUACGUCUCUGAGAUGGAGAAGAUUCUGGAAGAAAAAGGGGAAUUCACUAUUGAAACAGAAGGGAAAACGUUUCAGCUGACAAAGGACAUGGUCGGCGUGAAGAAAUUUCAGAAAACGAUACAUGUGGAGGAAAUUGUUCCAAAUGUAAUUGAGCCCUCAUUUGGUCUUGGAAGAAUCAUGUACACCGUUUUCGAGCACACAUUCCAGGUCCGACAAGGGGACGAGCAGAGGACGUAUUUUACUUUUCCAGCUACUGUAGCGCCAUACAAGUGUUCGGUGCUCCCGCUAAGCCAAAAUCAAGAGUUCAUACCAUUUGUCAAGGAGCUGUCCGAAGCUUUAACCAGGAACGGGGUCUCGCACAAAGUAGACGACUCAUCUGGAUCCAUCGGGAGGCGCUAUGCCCGGACAGAUGAAAUCGGCGUGGCCUUCGGUAUCACAAUAGACUUCGACACAGUGAAUCGGACUCCACACACGGCCACGCUCCGAGACCGUGACACAAUGAGACAGAUCAGGGCCGAGAUUUCUGAGCUCCCGGGGAUCGUCCGAGAUUUGGCCAAUGGUUUUCUCACUUGGACCGAGGUGGAAAAGAAAUAUCCAGUUUUUGAAGGACAGGAGACGGGAAAGAAGGAAACGACAGAAGAGUGACGGAAGGAGGAGACACUUUGUACCUUUUAUUGUUAAUAUUAAGCCUUUUAUCUAACUGACAAUUAAGGGAAGAGGCUUCAAACGAUGCUGCAGGGAGAGCGCCCCUCGAUGGUCACGUCAUUCCCAGUCUGUCAUUAAACGUGUAUGAUGA